GGUAUAAAGUAAAAUAACAAAUUGUUUAUGGUUAGCUAAAAUUUUUAAAGAGCCCCAAAAAUGGGUGACAGCGAUGAUGAAUAUGAACGCAGGCGGGACAAAUUCCGUGGAGAACGAGCAGAAUACCCUGCUGGAGCCCAGCCUGGACGAGACAGGCGCAUGGACAGCAGACGUGGUGGACGUGAAGAUUGGCCUGAUGGCAGGAUGAGAGAAUGGUAUGGACGUGACCGUGGUGGAGCUGGUGGCGGCCGUCGUGAUUUUGGAGGUGCUGCAGGAGGGAGGGGAGAUUUUGGUGGAGCCAGAGCCCGUGACAGAUACUCUCCCCCUCGGCAUGACAUGUCACCACCUCCUAAAAGGAUGCGUCCUGAUUGGGAAGAGCGAAGGUAUCCUUAUGAAGGUGCUGGCAGCAACUACCCAGCAGCCAUGUACAGCAGUUAUCCUCACGAGUAUGUCCAUGCUGCACCCCAUGCUGGCGUCAGAGGCGGGGAAGAGAUGGGCCCAACGCAGCCGCCCAUGAUGUCCUUCAAGGUAUUCAUGGAGCAGUGCGACGAGACCAUCUCAGACGCCGAUGCUGUCCGCAAAUAUUCUCAGUAUAAACUUGAAUUCAAACGGCAACAACUUAAUGAGUUCUUUAUCAGCCACAAGGAAGAGGAAUGGUUCAAAGCCAAGUAUCAUGCAGAAGAACACGAAAAACACAAAGAAGAACAGAUAGCAAAUCUAAAGAGGAGGAUUGGGGUGUUCUCGGACCUGGACAGUUCAGGACGCCUCAACGUUUUUGUCGAUGCUGAUCAGUCACAUCAGCUUCUGAAACUCCUGGACUCUGUUGUCAUCAAGCUUGAGGGUGGCACAGAUCUCGAUCUUCAGGUUCUGGAUGAGCCAACAGAGGAAGAGUUGGCCAAAAACUCGGGAAUCUUGAGCAUUGACGGACCUACCAAUGAGAACUCAGAUCUGAAGCCUCUCAUUGUUACUGGAGACUCUGAUGAUGAAAAGAAAGACGAUCCGAAAAACAAGGACCCUGAGAAGCCUCCAACAGAAGAGGAGCUUCAGAAGAAAGCAAAGGAAUACCUAAAAGCCAAGUCAUCUGAAGCUGCUGUGGAUGCCCGUAAGAGGAAGCGGUCCCACAGCAGUUCGUCAAGUAGCAGCAGUUCGAGCAGCUCCUCGAGCGACUCUGAGGCAGAGGCCCCACCUGGUGCUGACGUUGCUGCUUCAACUGCCGUGGAGCCUCUGCCACCUGGCAUGGAUAUCCCUCGAGACGAUGAUGCUGAUCCAGAGAUUGUGGCUGAAAAUGGUAGAACUAACGGCACUUCGGCUGAUCCUGCAUCAGGCGUCCCAGGCUCGGGCACUGUUGAGAGCGGCGACAACCCUGAAGUUUCUGAGGAGCCUAAACCUCGAGCUUUGCACAAGACGGCGUCUAUAUUCCUGAGGAAUCUUGCUCCUACCAUAACCAAGGCUGAGGUUGAAGCUAUGUGUCGUCGCUAUAGCGGCUUCUUGCGAGCUGCCAUUGCAGAUCCACAACCCGAACGCCGUUGGUUCAGACGUGGCUGGGUGACGUUCAAGCGAACUGUGAAUAUCAAGGAUAUCUGUUGGAACCUCAACAAUAUACAGCUACGUGACUGUGAGCUUGGCGCCAUCGUUAAUCGCGACUUGAGCCGCCGCAUCCGGACGGUGAAUGGCAUCACCUCGCACCGUAGCGUCGUCAAGGCCGACAUCAAACUGGCUGCCAAAAUCAUUCAGAAUCUGGACUCCCGUUGGGGUCUGUGGAAUGACUCGGGUGCAGGCGCUGCUGAUCACUCACAGACUCUGACGUCUUCAAGCAACCCUGUACUUCGCAACAUCACCGAUUAUCUCAUCGAGGAGGCCAGCGCCGAGGAAGAAGAGCUCCUUGGGGGAGUCAGAAGCGUUGAUGGCGGAGAUGAGCAGAGGAAAGCUGACGACAAGAGUGAUGGUGAAGCUAUCGAGCGCGACGAGACGCUAAUUAAGGUGCUCGACCGCUUAUUGCUGUACCUCCGCAUCGUUCACUCGGUGGAUUACUACAACCACUCGGAGUAUCCUAAUGAAGACGAGAUGCCCAAUAGGUGCGGCAUCAUGCAUGCUCGAGGCAUCCCGCCCUCCAGCAAAGUCACUCAACAGGAAGUGCAAGAUUACUGCGGUGCAUUCGAGAAUAAAAUUGGAUCAUUCCUCCAGCCUCUCACUAAGCUCACAGAUGAAGAGGCCAAGAAACUCGGCCUUAAGGAAGCCGAGGAUGAGGUGGAGAAGUUUGUGCAAGCCAACACUCAGGAAGUGGCUAAAGACAAAUGGCAGUGUCCGCUCUGUGGCAAGAAAUUCAAAGCAGCUGAGUUCGUCCAUAAACACAUCCUGCACAAACACGCAGAAAAAGUCAAGGAAGUCAAGAAGGAAGUUGAUUACUUCAACAACUACCUGCGUGAUCCGAAGCGACCUCAGCUGCCCGAAUUUCCCACAAAGGGACUUGGAGGAGGGAUGAUGGGGCGUAAGGACGACAUUCGUCCUGAUCCUUACAUCGCUGCUUACCCGCAGCAGCCAGCCGCUUACGGUUACGGAGCUCGUUACGGAGGCGGCGCGUAUGGUCCGGCUCCUGUAGCCCCAGGUUACGGAGCUCCUGCAGCGUAUCCCCGUGACGCCUACUAUGGCCGUGAUCCAUAUCCGCAGCUACGCGAUCAGCGUCCUCGGGCAACGUAUCGCUCACGGUCAAGCGGCGAUCCCAGAGAGCUCAUCGGUUAUCACGAUCUUGAUGUGCCGGGAGAUGCGGACUUGUUUUGAUUCCCUCAACGUAGAUGGUUUGUGGCUACUGCAAUUCACUGCCCGCAUUGUGUUACUGUUGCUCUAACGUAAUUGAUAUAUUCAGUAGUAAACGCACUGAAGAAUCUCUUCUUUAAAUAGAUUCAUCUUUGAAUUUGUCAUUAAUUAAAGCUCGAAGUGCCAUUUUGAAUUAUCCAUAGGCAAUGCUCAGUGACUGGUAACAUGAUGCUGGUUGGGUCUGUGGAUGUCACUUAGAUCUCGUUGAGUGGUCGUGGGACUACUUAUUUCCAAGUAGAAAUCUCUGGGACCUGGCCAGCAUCGUUGACUGAUGCUGUGUUUCUGGUGUUGCAGUGUCGGAUAUCGUGAUUUGGACGCACCUAAGGAGGAGUAUUGAGGCUUAACCGGCAGAGCAGCGUCUGCUGUGUCAGCCUAGCAAUGCAUCAUUCGUCAGUCACCUGAUCGUGACACCUAAGUUUAGUCCUAAUAACCUCGGCCGCUAGCGUAUGCUGUAGGAAAAAUAGAAACUCGGAGGGAAGGUGGUUAUUGGGACUGAGGUUAUUGGGACUAACGUUCAUCAUUUGCUUGUCCGACGAGAUUUUUUAUGUUACUCAAAGGUUAGACUAUUUAAUUCAGAUAUCUCCUAUAUGAUGUUUCAUUUGAAUGGAUUACUUUUCAAAAUGGAAAUUUAACAAAAUGUUUGAUGACUUGGGAAAAUUUGAGUUAAAUUUUCGCGACUUUGGGUUUGGUGAAUUUGAACCUUAUUCUUCAGUGAUAUAGACUGCAAAAUAGAAAGUAAAAGUGCCAGUAAGUCUGGAUUUAAUUUUCAGAGCAGAUAUGAAUCAAGUCCUUGGAACUUGAGUUAAUGGUUUAACUUAUUCGACCUUCAGAUUCAUUGACACCUGUAAUGAAACUAUAAUAAAGAAAUUGCCCCAU